ACAUGAUACAAUUAAAAUAAAAUGAAGUCCUGUUAAGACAUAAUUUGAACAUUUGAAAUGAAUCAGUUGCAUUCGAGGAGUCAGAACGAAAUGAACGUUUGGAAAGGAAAAGUUUUAACAGAUGUACCCUUCGGUCAUGUCUUGAUAUUUAGUGGAAAAGUUAAACCAAAUCCAAUUAAAAUCUCAUUGGAUUUGACAGAUAAUAUCAGCGUGAAAAAUGAAAGUGAAACAGUUUACUUAAAACUGGAGGCAAAUUUUCGUGAAAAUCAAAUUAUACGUUCCAUGUUUCAGCCGGGCGAAGGUUGGCAACAGGAAGAAAUUUCGAAAAACUGGAAAAGUGAAGGACCAAAAAAUCCUCUAAUGCCAGGUCAAACCUUUACAUUUCGUAUUGCAAUAUUACAAAAAUGCUUUGAAAUCUAUGUAAAUGAUAACAUUUAUGGAACAUUUGAAUUUAUUAAAUUUCCAAAGCAAAUUCAAUACGCAAUGAUUUAUGGUGAUUUUGAAAAAAUAACACAAUUCCAUCAUCGUAUGUUGUAUCCCCUAGUCUUUCCAAAGGGACUUAUAUGUCCCGAAAGAAUUGCAUUUCAAAGUGACGUCCCAAGGAAAUAUGAAGCAGGAACUGUUGUUGCUAUGGAAUGCAUUGUCAAAGGACCACCGAAUACUGAGUUUUCCAUAUGUUUCCAGUGCAAUGAUAGCGGUCGUAUUGUUUUGAAAUUCCUAGUAAAUUUUGAAAAGACUGCAGUUGUACGAAGCUAUCAAAGGGAGGAUAAUAGUUUCUGUUCGGAUGAUGAAGAAACGGAUGGUGAAUUCCCCUUUCAACGUGGCAAAUUAUUUAAAAUCGCUUUUGGCGUUGGUGACAGAGCAUUUAUUAUUGCCGUUAAUGGCCAAUAUUUUACUUACUACAAUUAUCCCUUCCGUUCUUUCUCCAUCUCAACAUUGAAAUGUUUGACAAAUAUUGUUGGCGAUUUUACCGUUAAGAAUAUUGAAUAUCAUUCGGAUUCUCCAUUACUAGAUCGUGUUGAAAAAUUGUCUUUGAUUUGAAAUAAGUAUUAUACGAGUUAAAGUAAU